AUGUCUUCCAGGCUGAACGGAGCUCUUUCACCUCCAAUACCAUUAAAUCGAUCUGGGGCUUCACCAUCCCAACGACAAAAAUUCCCCUCAGACACGCUUCGACCAUUCAUCAAAACCCUAUUGACGAAAACGCUAACUAACGCAUCAUGGGAUUCCAACGAUAAACCGAAAAUGGCAGCUUAUAGCAAAGAGAUAUCAGAGAGAGUGAAAUCACGUAUGGUGGAAAUGGAACCUAGAGGAUUCAAAUAUAUCGUAACAACUACCAUAUCUGAGAAUGCAGGACAAGCGGGCCGAGCGGACAUGUCGUGUCAUUGGGAAGAUACGGACGUUGCGAUCCAAGAAAUGUACAGUAAUGAAUCGAUCAUUUUCGUUUGUCUAGCAUUCGCAGUCCGACUUCCAUAG